CCGGAGUCCGGCGGGGUUCCCGCCUCGGGCCGCCGGGGAGCCCACGUCGGCGUCGGGGGCGCCCCCCUGGAGGAUUUGGGGAGGGGGAAGGAAGAAGAGACUAUUAUUGAGUUGGAUGAUGUCGGGGGUGCGGGAAGUGUGUGGACAAGCAGGCGUCGGCAAAAUGGGUUCAGAGGGAGUCACGAAUCGCACUGAACCAAAAAACGUCCAGCAUUUUCUUCAGUUACAGGCAAAAUGAAUAUUCCCAUGCUGCUCCAACAUCCUCACCGGGACUUCCUUAAAGUCCUUUUAAGAACACUUUUCCGACGUUACCACUUCAUCGUACCCUCAAGUACUCACCUCAGGUCAGGAAUCCCAUGUGCUCAGCCAGUCAGUGCUCUCGGACUCCAUCAUGCAAAGUGGAUGCUGCCGCCGUCAAAUGGUUUAACGAGAACAUUAUGUCUACAAACAACCUUAAAGGAACAAACAGAAGGACUUUCUGAUAAAGAACAAAAGCUUGUGGCUGAGCUUUAUACUGGUUUAAUCCAAGGGCAAAGGGCCUGCUUGGCAGAGGCCAUAACUCUUAUAGAAUCAACUCACAACAGGAAGAAAGAGUUAGCCCAGGUGCUUCUUCAGAAAGUGUUGGUCCACCACAGAGAACAAGAAAAAUUAAAAGGAAAACCACUAGCAUUUCGAGUGGGAUUGUCUGGGCCUCCUGGUGCUGGGAAAUCAACCUUUAUAGAAUAUUUUGGAAAAAUGCUUACUGAGAGAGGGCACAAAUUAUCUGUGCUGGCUGUGGACCCUUCUUCUUGUACUAGUGGUGGAUCACUCUUAGGUGAUAAAACCCGAAUGACUGAGUUAUCAAGAGAUAUGAAUGCGUACAUCAGGCCAUCUCCUACUAGAGGUACUUUGGGAGGUGUGACAAGGACCACAAAUGAAGCUAUUCUGUUGUGCGAAGGAGCCGGAUAUGACAUAAUUCUUAUUGAAACCGUGGGUGUGGGGCAGUCGGAGUUUGCCGUUGCUGACAUGGUUGACAUGUUUGUUUUACUACUGCCACCAGCAGGAGGAGAUGAAUUGCAGGGUAUUAAAAGAGGUAUAAUUGAGAUGGCCGAUCUGGUCGCUAUAACCAAAUCUGAUGGAGACUUGGUCGUGCCAGCUCGAAGGAUACAAGCAGAGUAUGUGAGCGCGCUGAAAUUACUCCGCAGGCGUUCAGGAGUCUGGAGACCAAAGGUAAUUCGUAUUUCUGCCAGAAGUGGAGAGGGGAUCACUGAAAUGUGGGACACAAUGAAAGAAUUCCAGGAUGUGAUGCUUGCCAGUGGGGAGCUGACUGCCAAGCGACAGAAGCAGCAGAGAGUUUGGAUGUGGAACCUCAUUCAGGAAAAUGUGGUAGAACAUUUCAGGACCCACCCCACAGUCCGGAAACGGAUUCCUCUCCUGGAAGAAAGCGUUCUCAGUGGGGCCCUGUCCCCAGGCCUAGCGGCAGACCUGUUGUUGAAAGCUUUUAAAAGCAGAGACUAAUGAAGUGCAUCCUAUCCAAUAACUUUAUAUAUCU